AUGGACCGCGUUUUACGUGUUGGCAGAGAUGUUUUCGAGUACGGCGCGCUGCGACAGGGGCAGGCAGAUGCUGUCUUGGGGAUUUUAAAUGGACGGGACGUGUUUGUCGGGCUCCCGACCGGAGCUGGCAAGACGUUUUGCUAUCAGGCAGUUCCGUCGUGCCUGGACUCGGUAGAGCCGUUUCUCAUCGUUAUCAGUCCCCUGACUGCACUGAUCGACGACCAGGUCGCCCGGUACUUCACUACAACAGGGUACAAGGCAAUACACUUGAAGUCGGCGAACGGGAUCAAGGCAGUGCAAGACAGAUCGGUCAAACUAGUUUACACCAGCCCAGAAGUAGCUGUGGGAGAGGGUAGGGGCAUUUUCAACACAGACAGACCCUACUUUAAGUUCAGACACAUUUCUAAACCUGUAUUCUAUUUCAGGGGCAAAGACUUCAGAGUUGCCUUUGAACACAUAGGGGAGUUGAGGGCCCUUGUUCCCAACACACCGGUCAUGGCCCUCACAGCUUCUGCCUCCCCUGAGACUGUGCAAACUGUGAAGGACAAGCUCCACUUCAAAGACGGUUCCAUUCACAUCAGUGGGAAUCUAGACAGGCCAAACAUUUUCUUGGUUUCCAAGAAAAAGGCCACGCUACAGAAGGACUUCCUGGGACUUCUGCAGGCCAUGAAGAGGAAAGGACGAGAAGUUGAGAAACAACUCGUUUAUGUACCCACGAGAAACCAGGCUAUGGAUGUGUGGACGCUGCUUCGGGCACAUACAGCAGACGGGUACAAAGAUACAGUGGUAUACUUCCACAGCGCCAUGAGCCUUGACCUUAAGGCCAAAGUCCUCCGACGAUUCAAGAGUGGAGAGGUCAGGGUGGUGGUGGCUACAGUUGCCUUUGGGAUGGGCAUUGACAUCCCUGACAUCUCUUGUGUGACUGUGUAUGGCCUGCCAAAGUCCAUGAGUCAGCUGUAUCAGGAGAUUGGCCGGGCUGGAAGAUCAGGACAGCAGGCCACUGCUGUGGUGUUUGCUGGCAAUUGCAGGGAUGAGGGCAAUGCAGAAGACUCCCUGCAGCAGUUCGUCGCCAAGGAAUCCUGCCUCCGCGACGUGAUGCUCCAGGCAUUUGACAACCAGGCAGCACACACAGACCACUGCUGCUCUUUCUGCCAGGAGGAGACCACAGCACCCAGAGGAGCGUACCUGCUACAUCCCAGUGCGGCACAGGUUGCUACAAACCCAGCAGCUAGCAGGAAGAGAAAAAGAGAAGAGGGCGAUGAGAAAAAACUACUGAAAAGUCUGUAUGACCUUAGAAAUGAACUAUAUAAAGAUGACACUAGCAUUGCACAUGUAGGUCCAGCAGGCGUGCUCUCCAACAAGGCAAUUGAGGCAAUCAAAAGCAAGGCACAAAGUAUCCACACAGUGGAAGAGCUGUGUAAAAAGAUUAAAGGUGUGUCGGAGAACAUAGCACCUUUCAUUCUUGACAAGAUUGGAGAGGAGUUUCCUGAAAAAACACAGCCACAGAGACCACAGGGACCACAGAGAAGACGGAGACCAAGGAGGCCUCUACAAGAUAGGACAAAUAUGAUGUAA